UAACCCCAAAAGUUUAAAAACUGCCAAACAUUUUGGAGAAACGUGCUUUGCCCGGUUCUAAAAUACCGGUGCUUUUUUAAUUUGCAGAAGUUUUGCAAUUUUAAUGCGAAAAUAUGAAGAUCAGUGUUGAUGGCUUGAUUGUAUAUUUUCCUUACGAUUAUAUUUAUCCCGAACAAUAUGCGUAUAUGCUGGAGCUUAAACGAGGCCUGGAUGCAAAAGGUCAUUGCCUUUUGGAAAUGCCGUCCGGAACGGGAAAAACUAUAACUUUAUUAUCGUUGAUUGUGGCCUACAUGUCGGAAUAUCCUCACAGUGUUACAAAAUUAAUUUAUUGUUCUCGGACGAUGCCAGAAAUAGAAAAGGUUAUAGAGGAGUUGAAGACACUGAUAGAGUAUUAUGAAAAAGAAACUAAAAGUAAACAGAAAAUCUUGGCCCUGGUAUUGAGUUCCAGAAAAAAUCUUUGCAUUCAUCCAGAGGUGAGCAGAGAAAGGGACGGAAAAAUUGUAGAUAGUCGUUGUCAUGCUUUAACAGCUUCUUACGUCCGAGAAAGGCAUAAUUUUGAUGACACAGUGCCUGUUUGCAACUUCUACGAAGGUUUUGAUUUGGAGGGUCGUGAAUUGUUAAUGCCACCCGGAAUUUAUUCCCUUGAUGACUUGAAAGAUUAUGGCAGAGACCGAAAUUGGUGCCCUUAUUUUCUAGCGAGAUUUACGAUUGUACAUGCCCAAAUUGUUGUAUACAGUUACCAUUAUUUACUGGAUCCCAAAAUCGCCGAACAUGUUUCGAAAGAACUGGCUAAAAACUCUGUUGUCGUUUUCGACGAGGCUCACAAUAUCGAUAAUGUUUGUAUUGACUCGAUGAGUGUAAAAAUAAACAGGAGGCUUAUGGAGAAAAGUUCGUCGAAUAUUCAGGUUUUGGAGAAAACAGUAGCCGAAAUGAGAGAAGACGAUGUAAAUAAAUUACAAGAAGAAUAUAAUCGUCUAGUCGAAGGAUUAAAAGAUGCGCAUGAAGCAAGAGAAACGGACAUGAUCUUGGCAAAUCCUGUCCUACCCAAUGAAGUUCUAGAAGAAGUCGUUCCUGGAAACAUAAGGAGUGCAGAGCACUUUGUAAGUUUCCUGAAACGUUUUGUGGAAUACUUGAAAACACGUCUGCGAGUUCAGCACGUAGUGCAAGAAUCUCCAGCUUCGUUUUUGAGGGACAUACAGAACAAAGUAUGUAUUGAACGCAAACCGCUAAGAUUUUGCGCUGAGCGAUUGUCAUCAUUAUUGAGAACUAUGGAAAUCUCAGACAUGACAGACUUUUCGCCACUGAUAUUAGUCACGCAUCUUGCAACUCUGGUCGCAACUUACACGAAGGGUUUCACGAUAAUCGUGGAACCGUUUGAUGACAAAACGCCAACAGUUUUAAACCCCGUGUUGCAUUUCAGUUGUCUAGAUUGUUCCAUAGCUAUGAAGCCAAUCUUUGAUAGAUUUCAGUCAGUGGUUAUAACCUCGGGAACGCUUUCUCCACUGGACAUGUAUCCGAAAAUUCUCAACUUUCAUCCUGUUAUUAUGUCAUCCUUUACCAUGACAUUGGCGAGACCCUGUCUUCUACCAAUGAUCGUGUCGAAAGGUCAAGACCAAGCAGUAAUUUCCUCAAAGUACGAAACUCGAGAGGAUGUAUCAGUGAUAAGAAAUUAUGGACAACUGUUAGUAGAAUUUGCUGCAAUCGUACCCGAUGGAAUGGUCUGCUUCUUCACUUCAUACUUAUAUAUGGAGUCUGUGGUUGCUGCGUGGUAUGAUCAAGGAAUGGUGGAUCAGCUUCAAAGACACAAACUGCUAUUUAUCGAAACCCAAGAUUCAGCAGAGACAAGUUUGGCGUUAAUAAAUUACAUAAAAGCUUGCGAGAAUGGAAGAGGAGCGGUUUUACUUUCAGUCGCACGUGGAAAAGUUUCCGAGGGUGUUGAUUUCGAUCAUCACCUGGGAAGAGCUGUUCUCAUGUUUGGCAUACCUUACGUCUACACCCAGUCGCGAAUUUUAAAAGCUAGGCUGCAGUAUCUUCGGGAUCAGUUUCAAAUUGCGGAAAACGAUUUUCUGACAUUUGAUGCUAUGAGACAUGCAGCUCAAUGUGUAGGACGUGCUAUUCGAGGAAAGACUGAUUACGGCAUUAUGGUUUUCGCAGAUAAGAGAUUUUCAAGGGCUGAUAAGCGAAGCAAGCUCCCUAAAUGGAUUCAGGAACAUCUCACAGAUAAUCUCUGCGAUUUAUCGACACAAGAGGCGAUUCAAAUAAGCAAAAGAUGGUUGCGGCAAAUGGCUCAACCUUUCACGAGAGAAGAUCAGUUGGGACUUUCGCUUCUAACCCGGGAGCAACUCGAAAAGGAAGAAACGAGUAAAAUAGAAAAAAAGGCCCAGCAAAACUGAUAAAAAAUCUAAACGGUCCAAUAAACAAAACUGUGACUGAUAGUCAUGUCUUUCAAAGAUGACAGGUAUAAAAUUUUGAGACCAGGUUAAGCAGUUUAUGAAAAAGUAAAAAUUAAUUUAUUUCACUGGUAAUAAUAUAAUACAGAUUAUUAUAAGCGCUGAAUUAUAAAAAAAGUAUUGUACAAGAAUUUAGCAGGAAACAUUUCGUACUAUUGUGACUCGUGAAUACGUGGUGCUCUAAUAUUGUAUAUAAUCGCGUUUUAUAUCUAUUUGUUAUUUACAAAGCAAACACGUAACUAAAAUAUAUUAUAAUUU